GGUUUAUAUUCACAAGCCUAAACACUCUCACACAAAUUGGAGUCAGAGUAGGUUUUUAGGGUUUCUGAGUGCAGCUUCUCAACACCCUCAUCCUCCGAACUCGCCGCAAGCUCCCUUCACCAUGGCCGAACAAACUGAGAAGGCUUUUCUCAAGCAACCUAAGGUGUUUCUGAGCUCGAAGAAAUCUGGGAAGGGUAAGAGGCCUGGAAAGGGUGGAAAUCGCUUCUGGAAAUCCAUUGGGCUUGGAUUCAAGACUCCCAGAGAUGCCAUUGAAGGAACCUAUAUUGACAAGAAGUGCCCCUUCACUGGAAAUGUUUCCAUCCGUGGUCGUAUCUUAGCUGGAACUUGUCACAGUGCUAAGAUGACAAGGACUAUUAUUGUCAGGAGGAAUUAUCUUCACUUUAUUAAGAAGUAUCAGAGAUAUGAGAAGAGGCAUUCAAACAUCCCCGCUCAUAUUUCACCUUGCUUCCGUGUGAAGGAAGGAGAUCAUGUUAUCAUUGGCCAAUGCAGGCCAAUCUCAAAGACCGUGAGGUUCAACGUGUUGAAGGUGAUUCCAGCUGGAUCUUCAAGUGGGGUGAAGAAGGCAUUUACUGGAGUGUGAGAUUUGGUUCAGUUGUUUUGAAGGACAAUUUUCUUUAUUAGUAAUUUUGAUUUCUGCAAGAUGACAUUUAUAAAAAUAUGAUCAAUUUUGGAUUGCUUGAGGUUUUGUUCUGUGAUUGGUUUAAUGUUAUCAGUAUUUUGGUA